AAAGAGACUACCUGCACAAAUCCAGGAAGUUGGAAAAAGUGGACAGUACCCAAGUAGCCAAUGGCAGAAGAUAAUGACUUCACUGUUGCUGGACCUUUGGAGCAGCCUGUUGUUGAAAACGAGAUUCGGUCGCUGCAACAUACGUAUUCCUGCACCCUAACACCGGAGCUGGUCGCUAAGGCUAGAGAGGAGCUUCAGGAGAAACCAGAAUGGAGGGUCCGAGACAUCCAGGCUCUCAGAGAUAUGGUCCUAAAAGAUUACCCAAACCUCAGGACUCGAUUAGAUGACGGCUUCCUGUUGCGUUUUCUCCGGGCUAGGAAAUUCGACUAUGACAAAGCACUACAGCUCCUAGUCAACUACCAUGCCAGUCGACACAGCUGGCCGGAGGUGUUCCACAAUCUCAGGCCGUCGACAAUAAAACAUGUGCUGGACUCAGGGUUCCUAACUGUCCUACCGCAACCAGACCCAGACGGACGCCUUGUCUUGUGUCUCCGACCAGGGAAAUGGAGACCUAGUGACUACCCCUUUUUAGACACUAUCCGUGCAAUAUAUGUGACUCUGGAGAAAUUGAUCCAGCUGGAGGAGACCCAGGUGAAUGGGCUGGUUAUUCUUGCAGACUACAAUGGGGUUGGCUUGGCCCAAGCUUCUCAGUUAGGACCUUUCCUGGCCAAGAAAGUGGUGGGAAUCCUUCAGGAUGGAUUUCCGGUUCGGAUAAAGGCAGUCAACAUCAUAAAUGAACCCAGGAUUUUCAAGGGGAUAUUUGCCAUCAUCAAGCCUUUUCUGAAAGAGAAGAUGGCACAAAGAUUUAUUCUUCAUGGAUCAGACCUGAACUCCCUUUAUCAAAGAAUCCCCUCAGGCAUCCUCCCUGAAGAGUAUGGGGGCGCAGCUGGUAAACUGAAUACUGCAGACUGGUCAACAACCCUCCAGAACUCUGAGGAGGAGUUUGUGGUGGAGUUCUGCCAGCCAGAUCCACUAGAGGGCGUCGCUCUAUCAGACUCUAUGCUGUUUGAAGGGGAACCCUCUGAAGCACAAUGCGAUGAUUCUUACAGGGGAGUGAGGUCACAGUUAUAUUACUGUUACUGAAAGACAAAACAUUUGGGGUCAGUAUUGUUCUUGUACAGAAGCAUAUACAGUGCUUAAUAUUGAAGUAAAAACCAGGGCCAUUCUAUGGGAUAAGCAUUACACUAAUAACCUCUUUAAGGGUCAAAUUUUAAAAAGGAAAGCGUGCCCCAUUUUGUGAGCCAAACAAUAGUUUCACAUACUUCAAAUGUGUAAAGCACAGAACAGUAUUAUCCAAAAGCAGUAAGCUGUUCCUUACUGAUCAGUUGAUUUUUUUUUUCUAUUUAGCAUUAGGGUUCAUUUUUUUUCUUUGAAAAAUGUUUAUAUAAUCAGCAUUGUGGUUUUUUUUUUUAAUGUUUUAUUUCAUGUACAGUGGAGAGUUAAUUAUCCAAAAUAAUUGGGACCGAUACUGGUUCACAUAAUCUAUUUGUCUGGAUAAUCGAACAGGUAUUAAUAACAAUUACUGUACCUUUAAUAAUGUAUAGAAUAAAGUUAACAUACACAAG